UUUCAAAUUGUCAUCAGUAAAAGAAAAAUGAUUGCUAGGCGGUAAUAUUUCCUGCCGCUGUAUACUUAACUUAGUUAGGCCCGUGGGAUUAACUUUAUUACAUUACGCCGAGAUCGAGGUUUGUUCUCCAUUGAUUUAGUCUUAUUGAUCCAACUAUAAGACUGAAAGCAUCGCUCCGACACGUUAAUAAACCUAUAUUUUGAAUACCUCAGUAUAAGAUUGAUGCAUUAGUGUAAUUAUAAAUGGAGAGAGCAUAAUUAAAGAACAUCUAUUAUUAUUCAGGUUGAUGUAGAGUUAUUAGGAGUAUGAGUGACGCUGGAACAGCACUCCUGGUGAUCGCAUUAUGUAUUGUUGUCGCUAUUAUUGUUGCCAUUUUGCUGAGAUUGUUUGGAACAUACCGACUGACUCACUGUUUUGCAAGUGGCGAGGAAAAAGACGUAUUGACUCAGCAUGAUCAAUUCAAUGGAUACAUGGUUAAUUCUGAAUCAGAUUUUGUACUUGAUCCAAGUGGAAAAUUUGUCCAGUAUGAUACAAUACAAAAAGAUCCCCGAUAUGGCCAGCCGGAUAGAUAUUCACCACCAUUAAAUGAAAGUUCAAGAAGUAGUCCUGUAUCUGUUAGCAAUGCAUCAAUCGGUUCAGAAGUUGAAAUUCCACAAGGCUUACGGCGUGCUGAAUCAUGUGAAAGUGUAGCCUCUGAUUCUUCUGUACUGGAAAUGCAACCAGACAUGCCAAAAAUAGGUCAAAUGGAGUUUGCCUUAGAAUAUGACAGGGAAGUGUCUGAACUGGUAGUGAGUAUUAUACAAGCAAGAGACCUUACACCAAACCAAUACUCGGGGUCGCUUGAUACUUACAUCAAAGGAACCAUAUUACCGAAUACAUCUACUACAUUCCAAACAAAAAUACAAAAGCAUUCUACGGAUCCUAUUUUUAAGGAGAGAUUUCUAUUCAACAUUGAACCAUUCCAGCUAGACAGUAAAAUCAUUCAGUUUCAAGUUUUUGCAGUGGAUAAAUAUGCCAGACAUAAAGUCAUUGGUGAAUCAGAAAUACGUGUAGGUGACGUUGACCUGCGUAUACCAAUCAAAAUGUGGUUAAAUUUACGAGAUAUUGAUGACAAACCAACAGAGUAUGGUGAUAUUAUGUUUUCCUUAAGCUACCUCCCUACGGCAGAAAGACUUACAAUUGUAAUUGUCAAAGCUAGAACUCUUCGAAUGACAGCUGGGAAAGAAGUAGGCGACCCUUUUGUCAAGGUUUAUUUGAUGCAAAAUGGCAAGAAAAUAAGCAAAAAGAAAACAACAGUCAAACGUGGUGAAAAACAUCCCAAUUUUAAUGAAGCCAUGAUCUUUUCAGUACCUGCAACUGCCUUGCCGACGGUGCAGCUUAGAAUAACUGUUGCAGAACAUUUGCCAGAGAAUAAAACGCCAUCUUUAGGCCAUGUCAUCGUUGGUGCUAACACUUCCGGUACAGAACUUUCACACUGGAACCAAAUGAUGUCGAGUUUGCGCAAGCCAGUGGCAAUGUGGCAUUAUUUGCGAAAGUGAAAAAAACACUCUACAAAGCAAGAUAGACAAUCCGGGUGCUUGUUAAUUUACCAUUUCUGUACAUGUAUCGAUUAUUGUUUGUAAUAGAAACUGAGUUGGCCAACACAGAAAAAAAGUCCCAUAUUUUAUUUCAUCUUAUGUCACCAAUUUUAAAAUUCAUUAUCGGAUUAGAAAGAAACAUGUAACGUUUUGAAUGGUAAUAAUGUAUAUAUGCUGAAAAUUUUUAAUUUAGAUUUACACUUUAUUUUAGCACAAUUUUUAAUGAUAUUAUAGAUUUAUUUUUAUUAUAAACUGCUCACCAUUUUAUGUUGUGAUCCUUUAAUGUUAGGUUAUCAGGCUGUUGUCUUGUAUGAUCUGUGAUUUACAUAUAUUUUAAGAUAAUAAAUAAACCAUGCUUGUUUAAGUUUACUCUUUUAUUGUUCAUUCUAUAAAAUGUUUACUUUUCAAUUUAUUUAAAAUGAAUAAA